GCGUUUCGUGCGGGGCUUGUGAUUUCAGUUUCAGUUUUGAAGAUCACUCGUUGCGAAGCGGACGCCACUAAGGCGGAAAGAGAAAGCCGACAUCCAAUAGCCAUAACAGCUUAAACUCGAACUCACAUUAUAAUUAAACUGUGUACUUAAUUCAUAAAUAAUAACUAAGUAAAUAGAGCUGACUCAGAGGGAGUGUUUUGGGCGCAAAAAUAAUACAAAGAAGAAAAGUUACAAUUUCAAUUUGUGAUACAACAUCAAUGCCAAGUGACCGAAGGCAGUACUCGAUCGUUCCAAAUCCGGGGUCAGAAACGCUUCCAACUGAUUAACACUCCUCCUCCCCAGCGCCUCCCUCCGUCGCAGUCGUUGUUGUCGUCUAAUGAGCGCCAAGCGAAAUAAAUAAACAAAAAAAUAAAAAAAAUAGACAAAAACACACAAAUACGGCAAAAUUAACAAAUACGCGCGGAAUAUAGAAAAACACGUUUCCUCAAAAAGCGCUUAAUAGUAAAAAAAAAAAAAACAAAUAAAAAAUAACAACAAAUUAACCAAAUAACACAAAUUGUUGUCGCUUUGUUGUUAUUUCGAACACGCGCACACGCAUUUAGCGAAAAACGAAAAAAAAUAGCAGCCCUGAUUCUGGCCACAACCAAAUAUGUCCAAAAGCGGAGCUUGAGAGGAGAGCUUGAAGCUUGUAACCCGAGUAGCCGUGACCACAAAAUAAAAACACAAAACAACAACAAAGUACUAAACAAGUCCACACACACAACACACACACACCAUGGAGCGGUCGUAUAGUUGCAGCAAUUUUGUGGGUAGGACGGGGGGCAAGGUCGAUGGCAAGACCAGUGCCACAUCUGAACAGCUGGCUGGGAGCAGCGACAACCUACCCAACGCCCAUCACUUUCCGCCCAACAAGCCGCUGCGCCGGCGUAGGAAACUCCAGCGCCAACAGUCCGCCGUCGAUGCCGAUGACAUGGAAUAUGCCGCCGAUCUCGAAGAGAAUGCCGAUCCGGAGGAUGCGGAGCACACAGCCACCCAUGCCACUAGCUUGCCACUAGCCCUGCAACGCCAUAUAUCCUCCAGCACCAUUAAGCGUUGUCUGCGCCACGAGGAGUCCUUCGAGUCCUGCAGCACAGCCCCCGAGCUGAGUCCCCAGGCCCAGCGCCAGCAGAGGUUCAGCAGCUUACUCCUCCGCGACAGUUCCGUAUCGGUGCAGUCCGACUCCAGCCGGUACUCCAGUGUGGACAGUCUGCUGGAGGCCCGGAAGCCAGACCCGGAAGCCAUACUCAUUAACCUCGGCUUCGGGCCCGUGGGCUCGGAGGAUAUGCUGUCCAGGAUACCAAGGAGAUUUCUGAAACCCUCCCAGGUCCCAGGAAUCGAUACCGAUGCCUUUGUACAAAGACUGACUUUGGCCCGAUCGCUGGCCGAUUCGAGUGUUCUGGGGUAUCGGGGCCUGACUGGAAACCCGGACAUGCCGCCCUCCUCCAUUGUGGCCAGUAUCAUGAAGCGAUUCGAGGUGAACCACCAGCGCAAGAACUCCAUGGGCUCCAUCAAGCCCACCAUCCAAUAAGAGCCAAAAAAAGAAGACAUUUUGUUGCCAAGGGGGGUUCUCCUUGACCUAUGACCCCCAGUGAUCGUCUUGUCUUGUCCAAUUAGUUUUUAAAAGUGCCACGUACUUAGCUGUGUAAAAUGUAUUAUUGUAACUCAUUUUUUUAAAAAUACUAUGAUAUUUUGUCAAUUAUUUAUGUAAGAAUUAAAGAUAAUGUUUUAUGUUGAAA